UGGACUGUACCGUCCUGUUCGUGACCGGGCAGACUUUGGUGUGAGACACACACCGCCGCUCAUCCAUCUCACUUUCCAGAACAAACUUUUUAUAAAGGACAUUUGGGCCCAGCUUCAAAACACUGCGGCUCCAUCCAUCAGCAGGAAUAUUAUGCGUCCACAAACUGCUGCUGCUUCUUCACACUGAGCUUCAUCUGCUUGAGUGUCCAGGGACAUGAAACUCAAUCCACAGCAAGCUCCACUAUAUGGGCGGUGUGUUAUCACGGUGCAGCUCACUGAUGACGAGCUGGCUGCGGAUGAGGAGGGUGUGGACUACUUCCUGCUGUUUGUUGGCAGCACACAGAGGCACCUGACCAGCACCCUAAGGAGCAGUCAUGACACCUUGCAGGCGCUGUGUCCCGCUCAUGACUGUUGCGAGGUGGUGUUGGUCACCUUGUGUUCAGGCAGCCGAGGUGUCCCCAAGGCCCCCGAGGACCCAAAGCCCUGUCUGGGUCACGUGGCUCCAUUGGCCGAGCAUCGAUUCAGCUUUGUCCAAGAUUUGGCUUUUGACAUGGCCCAGUUCCUGGUGAGCACGGCGGGCCGAGCUGACGGCCUCGACGGGGCGCUGCUGCUGGAUGAGUGUCAGAUUCCCCUGCAGGAGUGUGAACGUCUGGAUGAGAGCCUGGCGCUGGCCCUACACCACCUCGCGCUGCCUCCGGGAUGGAGCUUACUGGGAAACAAACUAACCAACAGCACUGACCUGAAUCCUCAGGAGACUCUGCUGCAUUUCUCAGCACGUCGAGGUCUUCUUCGGGUUACACGCUUCUUGCUGCAGCAGUCUGGAGCAAAAGACGCCCUGCGAUUGGCCAACAGACAAGGCCACACCCCAGCCGCCAUUGCAGCCCUGCGAGGACACGAACGCCUCCACGAGCUCCUCGCACAGGCUGAGACGGACAAAGGGACUGAGACUCUUCAGCUGGUGUCUACGGACGCCCGGAUAGUUUGUCACCUCCCCAGGCUGAACACACACACUCUGACGCUGAGCAACCACUCCGGCCACGACCCUCCGAGCCUUCAGAGGAGCGUGGAGCAGCUGCUGCACUUGAUAUGCCAUCUCCAUGCCAAGGGAGUUUCUGUACUGGAGCUGCAGUUUGAUUCUCUGCACACAGCUGCUGAAUGUUGUGAUGGUGUAGAAACAGAGAUAACCUGUCUGGAGCGACUACAGCUGCCUGCUACAGCAUCAGAGUGCCUGGAUACAGCAACAGGAGGGAGCUGGGGAGAAAACUGCUCAGUGGAAAGCCACAGUGGUGUUGAUUGUGGAAAUGGUGAGACUGGGAAUGCAGAGAGAGACUGGAGUUUGUCUGUGAGUACUCCAGCCUCAGAAAUACACCCCCAGGAGCAUGGCCUCGGCCCCCCAGCUGACUGGGUGUGUCUCAGCUCAAGCAGUGGGAGAGAUCGCUGCCAAGCAGAGCAGGAGGGUGGGGAGCAGCCUGUUGUUCCCACCCAGAGUUUGAGUUUGCGUGACAGGAGUGAAGGAGCACAGAGUGGGGUAGAAGGAGAGAGCCUCACUGUGGGAAUCCUUCCACCAGAAGGCUGUAAUAAACAGGCAGAGGAAACUGAUAGAGAAGAGGCUGUGAUCUGGGAAGGACAGGAGGCCACGGAGGGAAAGGACACAUCAGAGCAGGAAGCACAGGACAGCACAGCUACAAGGAAGGAGGAGGAGGAGACAGAGUCCACAGAUUUUAUAACUAGUGGAGACACAAAAGCUUCGGAUAUGGGCCAGUCCCCGUCAUCAGAGGGAUCAGAGGUAUCUGACACCUCUGAUUCAGAAACAAAGGAGUGCUGUCAGGAAGAAGAGACUGAGGAGAAACUUAGCCAAGAGCACUGUGAAGGACUCUCUUUAGAUGAGGAGAAGGCAGAGAGUGAAGGGUUAACAGACCCCAUAUUAACCCCAGGGGACCUCCCAAGCCCAUCGCUGAUAGACGGCGGUGAUGUAAUCAAGGAGCUUGAAUCUGCUGUUCCACGUCUCUUGAUAGAAGGCCUCCACGAGGGGGAACCUCCACCAGACAUAAACAGCCUGGAACAAAACCAGGAAACAGCUGGUCGGGAUUACGCUACAGAUCAGCAAAGGGGCUUGGCUCCAGAAACUGGUUGUCAUUCUGGGAAUAGUACUGGAACAGUGAGUAGUAAAGAGCUAGACGGUGAAGACGCAGCUGAACCUUCUGGAAACAGCAUUGAAAGUACCAGUUUACCAACGGAUGAACCGGACGAUACAGCUGAUUCUCGGACUGAGGGUAACUUCAAGGAAGAAUUGCAAACAGAUCCAUCACCUGAAAUGAUGCCAAGCUCCAGCAAUAGACAUGCUGAUGAAGAGUCAGGGACGACCUAUGGCCUCUCCAGUGAUGAUGACGUCAGUUUCCAAUCGGUCGGAAGCUCCACAACAGAAAUAUUCCACCCCACUCAGGACAGCGUUAGUACGGAGGAUCAGGAUUUACUUCAGAACAAGAUAGCAGAACUGUCCUCAACAGCAGAGAAGGAACCAAACGAUUCAAAAUCUAGUGAGAGCAAUGAACAUGCACUAACCGUGGACGCAGGGCUCCCCUUGGAGCCAGGCACUGACAGUGCACCAACAGAAACAGACCGCAGCCAGACUGGCACCGAGCCUGAAUCACAACUGUCACCCAGCCUCCAAACAAUAGAGGCUUUGAAUCCUGAGGGGACAGUAGAGAACCUCACUGCAGAGCUUUCCAAAGAGGAUGUGUCGUUGUCAGAAAGUGGGGACGCUCCAAUGACGGAGGUCGAUGAAGGUGAAACUGGAGAGGUCAGCAGCUCUGAACUGAAUGCAGGGAUUGAGCAUUCACAAUCAGAGGUCACCAGCGGGGCUUUAUGUGAACCCAGUCCAUCUGCUGCGGAGGAAAGUGAUGCGAUUGGCCCGGUUGAAGGAGACCAUCAGUCAGCGGAGGCCAGUGAUAAAUCUGUAGUGGCUUCAGCUGAAAACAAUGAAGAUGUGCAGUUGAUGCCACAGCAACCCAAAGAGGAGAAUUCAGAGAUGACAGCAGAUGAGAGGUCAUCUGAUGAGGGAUUAAGGCUCUCAGAGAAUCAGAUUGAUGCAUCUUCGUCACAGGGUGUCAGUCCUCUUCCGGAUAGUGUAGAUGUCAAUGAUUUGGAAGUAGAUCCACCUUCUCCAAACAAUGAAGCAUCCUGUGGAGCUCAUGUUGAGGAUGAGGUGACGGAAAAUCCAGAGACUCUUGACGCAGUGGAUGGAGCACCACAAUGCCCUGACAGUGCAACUCAAGAGGUGGAAGUUAUCAUGUCUGAAGACACUAUAAUUGGUGCAGGGGAGGAUGAAAAUGGCCCCUCAGAGGAAACAGACUUCUCCGUGAUCCACCGAGACAGAGACGCGUCGUUCCAUCAGCCUUGCAGCACUCCACACUCAGGAUCCUCGCAGUCUUCAGCGUUUCCCAGUUUGCCCAGUAGAACCAGCAGUGCCACCAGCUGUCCCUCCACCGCACACAGAGACUCUGGCAGCGACAUAGAAAGCCUCCUGAACGCAGAGCCAGGAUAUGACAGCGUCUUCAGAAAGAAUGAUGAACCAGUGACAGGAGGAGACAGUGCCAGCGAGGUUUCCGUCUCCUGUUCCUCCACAGACGACACCGCCAGCGUCGGUCCGUCGAGCUCCAGUCCAGAGGGCAGCCACGGCCUGGAAUGCAGCUGGAGCCCAGAGGAGGGCAUCCAGACUGGGGCUGCUACCACUACAGGACCAGACAGCGUUGGAUGUGGUGGUGGAGGAGGAGGAGGAGCGGGAGAAGCUGAAGAAGAAGCCAAAGACAGAGUGACAGAGGUACUACGGCGCCCCUGCUCCAGCAUUCGAUCCCAGUCGCCACAUCGCCGCCACAGCUGGGGUCCUGGAAAGAACAACGGAGAAGACGCAGAGAUGAACCAGAGGAGCUCCGUCCGUAGCCCUGGUGAGGGGAAGCCGACCUUUCACCGGAGAAGCUACAGCCUGGAGGGGCUCAGUGGGGUCCAGGAAGAGCUGAGAGGCCCCACCACUCAGGGUCCCCGAAUCCUGGAGCCUUCAAGGAUGCCCCGGCAUGACAGCGAUGACAGGGGCUCCCUGGUUUCUCUGACAGAGGAGCAGGAGGAGCUGGGGGAGCAUGGCAGACUACAUGACCCGAAAUUAAGGAGGUAUCGGCCUCUGCGAAACAGCUGUCCUCCCAUGACCCUGCCUCUCACCAAGUCUGUAUCUAUGCUCGCCAUCAGCCAGAGAGACAUUGAUGGUAUGAGGUCGUUUUCCAGUGCCUCUGGGUCACUAGCAUACAGUAUAUCAGAGGAGGAGCCUGGGCCUCUGCGGAGCGACACUGAAGGAAAGAGUGUGACGAAAGUCAGCCGGACCUUCAGCUACCUCAAGAACAAGAUGUACAAGAAGACCAGGGAAAAGGAGCGAGACAAGAAGGAGAAAGACAAGGAGGGUAAAGAAAAGGACAAGAAGGCGAUUAAUGGUCAUCUGUUCACACCAGUCAGCUCGGGCCAGGCUGCCCAGUGCUUCCAGUGCAAUAAGGCUUUCAACAGCAAGGAGGCUUUCCAUUGCACACACUGUAAUGCUUCCGUCCACAAGAGCUGCAGGGACAGCCUGCCUGUUUGUGCCAAGGUGAAGAUGAAGAUGCCCAAACAGCAGUUUGCAGUACCAGAUUCAAGUCAACAGCUUACAGUCACAAUGAGGAACAAAUCUGGUGGGACAAGAGAACGCCCCUGGUCUGCCAUCUUGUCCCCCGAAGACCAUUCCUCCCUGAUGAUCCCACCACGGAGACACACCAGCAUCAUGACUUUCCAUGGCAACAAUCUCUCCAAGAGUUUAUCCAUAAGCAACAUCGCAGGCCCAGUAUUUGAUGAGAUGCCCAUUAAAGGCCUGAGGUAUCUCUCCCAGUCUACUGACUCCCUCAACAGAACCAACCAGGUCACAGAGUCCACGGAAUCGCUCACUGAUGAAGGGACGGAAAUGAUGGACGGUCAGCUGAUGGGGGAGUUUGAGGCAGAGGCCAAGGAGAUGGAGGCCGACUCGUGGAGUUUAUGUGUGGAGCAGCAGUACCUGCAGCAGCUGGACAAAGAGCUGGUGAAGAGACAAGACGUAAUCUAUGAGCUGAUGCAGACGGAGAUGCAUCACAUCCGGACGUUGCGCAUCAUGUCAGAAGUCUACAGCAAAGGCCUGCAGAAGGAGCUGCAGCUGGAGCUGCAGACAGUGGAGAAGCUGUUCCCUGCUCUAGACGAACUCCUGGAGCUCCACACCCAGCACCUCCUCCGCCUCCUGGAGAGAAAGAGGGAGAGCCCGCUGGAGGGGGGGAGCUCGGAGGGAAGCUUCAUCAUCAACAGGAUAGGAGACAUCUUGCUCAGCCAGUUCUCAGGAUGCAACGGUGAAAGCAUGAAGAGGGUUUACGGGAGAUUCUGCAGCCGCCACAACGAAGCUGUAAACUUCUACAAGGACCUCCUCACCAAAGACAAACGCUUCAAGGCUUUUAUCAAAAAAAAGAUGAGUAGCAGCAUUGUGCGGAGGCUUGGUAUCCCAGAAUGCAUCUUGCUGGUGACCCAGAGGAUAACAAAGUACCCGGUGCUAAUCCAGAGAAUGCUGCAGCACACUAAAGAAAGCGAGGAAGACUAUGAAGACCUGACGGAUGCUGUUCGGCUUGUGAAGGAGGUGAUCGCAGCAGUGGAUAGCAAGGUGAACGAGCACGAGAAACGGCGCCGACUGAAGGACUUCCACAGCCGCAUGGACAGCAAGUCCAUCAUGAUGAUGAAGAGUGGUCAGAUAUUUGCUAGGGAGGAUCUACUGAGGAGGAGGCUGAUCCAUGAUGGAGGGCUGCAGCUGAAGAACUGCCAGGGAAGACUAAAGGAUGUCCAUGCUCUGCUACUAUCAGAUGUCUUCGUCUUCCUCCAAGAGAAAGACCAGAAAUAUGUCUUCGCCAUGCUGGACCAGCGCUCCACGGUCAUCUCCCUCCAGAAGCUGAUUGUGAGGGAGGUUGCAAACGAAGAGCGCGGCCUCUUCCUCAUCACGGCAGGCAUCGAGAAGCCGGAGAUGAUGGAGGUCUUGGCCAGCUCCAAGGAUGAACGCAACACCUGGAUGCAGCUCAUCCAGGAAGCCAUGCAGUCGAUAGAGAAGGAUGAGGAUGAAGGGAUUCCCAGUGAGACGGAAGAUGACAAGAGACAACUGGAGACUAAAGCCAAGGAGAUGAGAGAUUUGUUGAGGCAAAAGGACACAGAGAUCAUGUCUCUGCUGGAGGAGAAGGUGCGGCUCUUCAGGGGGAUGUGGGAAGGUUUGAACCCAGGCGAGGAGGUCUGCCGGCAGGUCCAGCCUUUCUUCAGGUCAGUCUCCAGCCAGGAGCUGCCCAGGGGGGCGUCGAUCAUGAAGGAUGCCCUGGAGGAAGUGGAGACAUUACAGGGGCUGGUGAAUGGCAGCCUGGGCGGGGCGAUGGCCAGUGUCCAGGAGGGAGGGGUUGCGGGGCCGGUGUGUCUGCCCCGCCGGGCUGAGACCUUCGGAGGCUUCGACAGUCACCAGAUGCACAGCAGUAAGAGUGGUGAUGGUGACGAGAGCGAGGAUACGGCGGGAGAUCUGCGCAGGACAGAGUCCGACAGUGUUUUAAAGAAGGGAGGAAACGCCAACCUGCUGCUGCUGCUGAAGAGGAACAGUGAGCAGGUCCUCCACAGUGUCUCCAAUCUGCAUCUCCUGCUCAGCACUCUGCAGGCGGUGGUGGUCCAGCAGGACAGCUUCAUAGAGGACCAGCGGCAGGCCCUGAGCGAGCGCUCGUCCUCCUGCUCAUCUUUAUCGCGGCCGUCCUCGCGGCCCAGCUCACUGAUUGAACAGGAGAAGCAGCGCAGCCUGGAGAAGCAGCGGCAGGAGCUGGCAUCCCUGCAGAGACAGCAGGCAGCUCAUGCUGAGGAGAAGAGGAGAAGGGAGAGGGACUGGGAGCUGAGGGAACAGCAGCUGGCAGAAAGAGAAGGGCUGCUGCACCUACAGGAGGAAGAGAUCUUGAAGCAGCACAAGGAGCUAGAGGAGGAGAAGCAGGGGCUGCAGAGUAAAAAGGAGGAGUACCAGAGAGACCUGGAGAGGCUGAGGGACGCCCAGAGGAAGCUGGAGAAAGACAGAGAGGCAGUGCAGCGGCAGCUCGAAAGGAUGGAGGAGCUGCGCCUGUCUGAGAGGACUCCCUCCACAACGUCAGAUGAAACCCAGUUCCCAGGCAGCUCCCAGUCUCUGGAGCUGGACCCGCUGGAGCUCUCCUCCUCCUCCUCCUCCUCCUCCUCCCUGCUGAGGCUGCAGCCCCAGCGGUCUAAGCCCAAAGGGAAAAGCCUCAAUCCCUUUACCUCAUCCUCCAGCAACCUCAAAGGUAGCGAAGCCAACAACCAGAUCUCAAAGAGCCUGCUGCAGCUGUCCAAGAACAAGAGCAAAGAGGGGAAGGAGAAGGAGAAGAAGAAGAAGAAGGGCAAAGGCGGGAGUGCACAGACAGCAGACCCCCAGCACCUCCCCGAGCCUCCUCUGGACGGAGAGAUCUUCUUCUGCUGAGAGAAGUGGCUCUUCUCCUCCUCAUCCUCCUCUUCCUCCUCAUCAUCAUCAUCAACCCACCACAGCCCUUUCAGAGGAUUGUGUUACUGCCAAGUAGUAAUACAUUCAUCUGCAUGCGUAGCACUGCAGUGUACUACCAGGCUUUUUGGCACCUUGAAGAGACUUUUAGUUAAUUGUGUUCAUUUAAAGCAGAGCAAUUUCACUUUACAUGCGAGAAAAAUGUAUUUUCUUGUAUUUUAAAACCCACUGCUUUAGUUUCUGAAAGGAAAAAAAUAUGUAAGGGAUUCUGCUAUGGUGUGCAAGUAGGCGUACAUACUUGCAGUACAUAAAAAUAGGCAACAUGAAGUGGCAGUACAUUUUUUGGGUAUUUUGUUUCCAAAAAAAAAAAAAAAAAACAGUUUCCCUUUCCAAAGACACCAUGGUUACAUGACAGUGGUUUCAUUUCUUCAUUUUGAAGAAUUAUACAUUUGUGAGUAUCAAACUGAAAACAUUUCACAGCAGGCUGCCUCACAAGCUCUGCCAAGUAUGUCACAGGCCCCACUGCCUUUCUGUGUGCGUGUUUGUUACGGCCCCAACUAGCCCCCUUUUCCACAGUCCGUCCUGCUAUGAAGUUCCACACCAACAGGCUGUUAUGUUAAUUUAUGGAAGCGUCUUCCAUGUGACUGAAUCCACACACACAAGGACUCAGACUUAUCCAAAUGCCACUUGGAAACAGAUAUGAAUGCCAACAUGCUCCAUGUGGCACUGGGAGCUCAUCACUAAUGAUCUUUAUUCACAAUUAAUAGAAGAUUGAAAACCUCAGAGGAAAAUCUGCUUAAACUAAGUGUCUUGGUAGCAUGUCUUAAUCAAACAAGUCCAGCGUUUUCAGUGUUUGCCCCAGUGUUUCAUUCAGAAAUGCUACUGUAUAGAUCCACAUUGAAAGAAAAAUUGUCGCCCAACAAUCCUUUACUUGGUAUUUGAAAAGCAGAUUUUGGUCGCGUCCACUAAUUUCGCCUCCAGUUAGUAAGCAAAAUGGAAUUUCAAUACCUUCCAUAAUCCUCUAUUAAGACUCCAUGCCAUCAAUCUUGUUCCUUGGCUGGGUUUUAAUUUAUUUGAAUAAUGGAUGUCUCCAUUUUGGAGUGAAACUCUUCAGAUGUGCGUGUCUCUUCUUCCAGACUCAACAGUAAUGAAAGGAUUGAGACAUAUCUUCCAGCGUCUAAUGGCUCAAUUCAUAUCCUUUAGUGUGUUUUAGAGCCUUGGAUGGAUAUUAGCUUGAUCCUUGCUUUAUCUGCCUGUCAAUGGGCUUUUAUGCAGCCCUCAUCUUUCAUCUGAGCGCUGACGACUGGGGCUUUCCUUCGUUUUUUUGUUUAAUUGCAUGUAACUCCGCAGGUAGCAUACUAAUGGCUUCUGAGUUCAACUUUCUCUUUCAGCCUCUCUUGGUUGUGAUAAUAGACUCUGUAGAUGCACGUGGCUGAUGGUUUUAGGAAGUGGAGGCUGUUGAUUUAGGGACAAAGCAGCUGGUUAGAGAAAAUGAGAGAGGACAUUAACUAAAAAACACCAAAUGAUGCUAUACGUCCGUGUUCGGACGCCUAAUGACUGAACCUGCUCAGCAGGUACCGCCUGAGUCUCUGAUCAUUUCAAAUUAAUCAGCACUCAGCAGUGUUGUUAAGCACUUUGGUACUAAUAUGUUGAUGCUUUUUUUGUUAUCAGUGUGAGAUAUCAAUCAAGGAGGUCUUUGUACUCUGUGGAGUUUUUUAAUCGAGGGCACUGAUGCUCAUGAAAAGCAACAAUGAUCCAAAGCGAGAUAAUGUGUUAAAGUACAUAAAAGGUGCUGCGGCUCCUUGUUGUUGAGAUUAGUGAUGUCAUUAAAAUAGGGGCCUGUAGCUUUUAUGGAAUGUUUCCAAGGUGACCUGCAUGACCUGUCUUAAUUUUAAAGCCUGUGUAUUAUCCCCACUAAGGCCAGAUUGCGGGCCACAUACUACCUGCAGGACAGGUAGGAAGUAGAAGCAGAAGAGUUUUAAAAAAAAGCAGGACCCUUCUCUCAGUGAAUGACAGAGCAGCGCCACUGAACUGCUUUCUUGCUGCCUCUUUUGUCUUGUGUUUAAGUGCUUGUUUGUUAACUUGCCGUCUGCGUUGAGGAUUUGACUUCAUGUCCAGGCUGGUUUAUUAUAGUGUGUCUUCUAAGAGGCUUACGGGGCCAGCCAAUUAGUUGCUUCAUGUCUUUUGUUUAUGGCUUUGGUGUAAUCCUGUCAAAGAAACGGAGAGGAAUGGGCUUCUUUUUUUGUCUCUGUAGCUUUAGCUGUGUUUUGACCACUAGGGAGCACUGCACCUAUGACUAAAUUAGUUCCCUCCCUCACACAACAACAACCACAAAGUAUGAAACUAUGUUUUUUUUUUGUUUUUUUUUUUUUUUUAAACAUAUUCUCCCUGUUGUGAGAAAUUGACAUAUUUUUCUCAGCAGGUCAUCGCCGUACAGAGAUAAUGUGAUGAGCGUGGGCUCUCACACUCUGUGACAUUUUCCCCACGGCAUUUGUAAUUGACUGCGGAAACAAAUAAGUUGUCAGAGAUUGUAAUUGGUUAUUCAGUGAAACCAGUCAGCAGCAGCUUUAAUGCGGGAAAGGAAAAAAAAUAAAGAGAGAGAGAGAAGGUCUAACGGUUGGAGGGAGCGACCGGGCAGAACCACAAACCUCUCUCUGUAAAGGACAAUCAGCAGACACGAGUCAGGAAAAUGAACUCCCUCCCGAUGAUGAUAGGGCUGUCCAUGAGACGAGGGUGUCCAUCAGGUGAACCCUGCGUAGCCUUAAAUCUUAACGAUAAAAUGCACUAGAGUAGAACCCAGCAUCUUCUCAGGAGAGAGAGGAGAGCUUUUAUACCUCUGCUUUGAAACGAAGGAAAUGUUUGUACUAUUAAAGUGGUACAGAAUAGUUUCAUUCCCAACAUUGUAAAAAAAAGGGCAAAGACAAAUAUGUAAAUACGAUUUAUGUAUAAAACAAAUCAAAUGUACAAAAUUGUUUCGUUUGUGAUCUAUUGCAACAUUUUGUAAGAAUGUUUUAUUUAUGUUUUAUUCUCCCCCUUGGGGUGAUGUAAAGUCAUAUUUCUCUCAUAAUAAAAAAAAAAUCAUAAUGGA